CCCCACCCCAGGCUCUGGAGACGCUGCCCUGAUGCUGGGGGCCAUGGCACAACGGGGGGCCUGGCUGGCCCUGGCCCUGGCGCUGGGCGCGGUGGCGGCACCCCCGCAGGACUGCACGGGCGUGGAGUGCCCGCCACUGGAGCACUGCAUCGAGGAGGCGCUAGAGCCGGGCGCCUGCUGUGCCCGCUGCCUGCAGCAGGGCUGCGCCUGCGAGGGCUACCAGUACUACGACUGCCUGCAGGGCGGCUUCGUGCGCGGCCGCGUGCCCGCCGGCCAGUCCUACUUCGUGGACUUCGGCAGCACCGAGUGCUCCUGCCCACCCGGCGGCGGCAAGAUCAGCUGCCAGUUCAUGCCGUGCCCUGAGCUGCCGCCCCACUGCAUCGAGGCUGAGGCCGCGGCCGACAGCUGCCCACAGUGCCGCCAGCUGGGCUGUGAGCACCGAGGCCGCAAGUACCCCGCCGGCCACACCGUGCACCUGCCGCCCUGCCGGGCCUGCCACUGCCCCGAUGCCGGUGGGGAACUGCUGUGCUACCAGCUCCCAGGCUGUGACCACGGGGCGCCCGCCAACCUCUCCCAGCCCGAGGACGGGGUGCCCCGGCAUCUCUACGAGGAAGACGCCUACGGCUAUGAGCAGGAGGCGGUCGAGGCUGAGGCGGCUGCGGGACUGCCCGGGGCACUGCAGGCCAGCCUGGGGGGCCUGGCCGCGUUGGGGGGUGGGGACCACCCCCCCUCUGCCAUCCAGGCCACCUCCUGGCUGGCCGAGCUCCCCAGGCCCACAGCGGCUGCUGCCUUAGGACCCCCUGCGCCCGUGCAGGCCAAAGCUAGGAGGCUGAUGGAGGACAGCCUGGAGGAGGAGGAGGAGAAGGAAGAAGAGGAGGUACAGGAGGAGGAGGAGGAGCACACAACUGUCAUAGAGCAACCUGUGACAGCUGCCCCUUCGCUGUCAACAUCAGCUGGGCCUGGCCGCCCUGAGCAACCGGCGGCAUCAGCAGAGGCCAGGGAAAGCCUGGAGGAGAACUUCAUCCCAGAGGCCCGGGCCACUCCCCGCAGCACCAAGCAGGAGCCAGCAGGGCCCACGACACGACUGCCACUACAGCCCAGCGUGCCCAGCAUCCCCCCCUCUGAGGCCACGCACAGUCCCUCCAGGAAGCUCACGGAGCCCAGCACCCAGGCUGUUCCCACCACCACAUCUCCCCGAGUGAUGACCCAGCUCCUGCCCUCCCCGGAAGCGCCCCGUCAGCCCCUGGUGCUGCCCCGCUCUCGGCUAGAGGAGGACAUGGACCCCAACUCUGUCCAUUCCAUCCUCAGGGGUGACUCGCAAGUGUCCACCAAGGACCUGGUGGAGACGUGCUGUGCGGCUGGCCAGCAGUGGGCCCUGGACCACGACGAGUGCUUGCAGAUGCCAGACAGCGGAGCACAGGGGGGCGUGUGCAGGACAGCCCAGAUGCAGUGCUGUGUGUCCUACCUGAAGGAGAGAAGCUGUGUGGCAGGUGUCAUGGGGGCCAAGGAGGGUGAAGCAUGCGGGGCCGAGGAUAACGACACCUGCAGUGUCUCUCUCUACAAGCAAUGCUGUGACUGCUGCCACUUGGGCCUUCGCGUUCGAGAUGAGGGCCAGUCGUGCGAGUCCAACCCCAACCUGGGCUACCCCUGCAACCACGUCAUGCUGUCCUGCUGCGAGGGCGAGGAUCCACUCAUCGUGCCUGAGGCCCGCCAGCCUCCCGAGCCCAAGGCCGAGCCGCGUAGAGUUUCUGAGAUGGACCUGACAAGCCGGGAGGCCCUGUCACUGGGCACGGAGACUGAGCUGGCCAACAGCCUGCCAGGCGACGACCAGGAUGAGUGCCUGCUGCUGCCCGGGGAGCUAUGCCAGCACCUGUGCAUCAACACCGUGGGCUCCUACCACUGCGCCUGCUUCCCUGGCUUUACUCUGCAGGGUGAUGGCCGCACCUGCAGGCCUGACAGCAACCCUGCCCAACCCACACUGAAGCCAGAGUCUGCACAGGCGUUUCCCAACACCAUUCCGCUCCCCGCGCCCCAGCCCAACACCUGCAAAGACAAUGGACCCUGCAAGCAGGUGUGCACCAUGGCGGGCGGCAAUGCCAUGUGCUCCUGCCUCCCCGGCUACGCCAUCAUGGCGGAUGGUGUGUCAUGUGAAGACCAAGACGAGUGUCUGCUGGGCACUCACCAGUGUGGCCGGCGCCAGUUCUGUGUCAACUCCCUGGGAUCCUACUACUGUGUCAACCACACAGUGCUCUGUGCUGAGGGCUUUAUCCUCAACAGGCACAGGAAGUGCGUGGACGUCAAUGAGUGUGUGACGGCCCUGCACACCUGCAGCAGGGGCGAGAACUGCGUCAACACCCUGGGCUCCUUCCGCUGCUAUAAGGCGCUCACCUGUGAGCCAGGCUACUCGCUCCAGGAGGGCAAGUGCACAGAUGUGGAUGAGUGUGCGACGGGCACGCACAACUGCCAGGCGGGCUUCCAGUGCCAGAACACCAAGGGUUCCUUUUACUGCCAGGUGCGGCAGCGCUGCAUGGCCGGCUUCCUGCAGGACCCCCAGGGCAACUGCGUGGACAUCAAUGAGUGCACCUCACUGCCCGAGCCCUGCCAGCCCGGCUUCAGCUGUGUCAACACGGUGGGCUCUUACACGUGCCACAGGAACCCGCUGCAGUGCGGGCGAGGCUACCACGCCAGCCCGGAUGGGGACACCUGUGUGGACGUGAAUGAGUGUGAGACGGGCGUGCACAAGUGCGGUGAGGGACAGCUGUGCCACAACCUCCCCGGCUCCUACCGCUGUGACUGCAAGGCCGGCUUCCAGCGAGAUGCCUUUGGCAGGGCCUGCAUUGAUGUGAAUGAGUGCUGGAGCGCACCUGGCCGCCUGUGCCAGCACACCUGUGAGAACACGCUGGGCUCCUACCGCUGCACCUGUGCUGCUGGCUUCCUGCUGGCCGCUGACGGCAAGCACUGUGAAGAUGUGAACGAGUGCGAGGCCCGGCGCUGCAGCCAGGAGUGCGCCAACAUCUAUGGCUCCUACCAGUGCUACUGCCGCCAGGGCUACCAGCUGGCUGAGGACGGGCACACCUGCACAGACAUCGACGAGUGUGCUCAGGGCGCUGGCAUCCUCUGCACCUUCCGCUGUCUCAACAUGCCUGGGAGCUACCAGUGCGCCUGCCCGGAGCAGGGCUACACCAUGAUGGCCAACGGGAGGACCUGCAAGGACCUGGACGAGUGUGCUCUGGGGACUCACAACUGCUCCCAGGCCGAGACCUGCUACAACAUCCAGGGAAGCUUCCGCUGCCUGCGCUUCGACUGCCCUCCCAAUUACGCCCGAGUCUCUGACACGAAGUGCGAGCGUGCGACCUGCCACGACUUCGCUGAGUGCCAGAGCUCGCCUGCCCGCAUCACCUACUACCAGCUCAGCUUCCAGACGGGGCUGCUGGUGCCCGCCCAGAUCUUCCGCAUCAGCCCGGUGCCCGUCUUCGCGGGGGACACCAUCUCUCUGACCAUCACCCGGGGCAACGAGGAGGGCUACUUCGGCACGGGCCGUCUCAACGCCUUCACGGGUGUGGUGCACCUGCAGCGGCCAGUGCGCACGCCCCGAGACUUUGCCCUGGAUGUGGAGAUGAAGCUCUGGCGUCAGGGCUCCGUCACCACCUUCCUGGCCAAGAUGCACAUUUUCUUCACUGCCUUCGGCCAGUGAGGCAGCACUGCCCCACCCUGCCUGGCCUUCAGGUCCCCCAUCUGAGAACCCCCCCCCCGUGUCCCCAGUCUGCGGCUGCCACGUGAGGGGCCCUGAGACUGCAGGGGACUCUGACUCUGUCCAUUAACUUUGCUGAUCUGACUCCUCUGGGGGUCCCUGUCCCCAGCCCCAUAGAAACCAGCAGCAGGGUGGGGGCUCUGAGGACAGGCUCUGCCCCCCCCCCCCAACCCCGGCAGGGUCUGAGGACCCAGGCCUGGGCAAGGACUACAGACUGCAAUACGUGACCAGGUUGGGUGUUGGCACUCAACCAGAUGCCCUGUCCUCCCCAUCUGCACCCCACACUGUGCCCUGCUGUGAGUAGCUGUCCCCCUCCUGAGAUGGAUCCUCUGCCAGCAUUUUUUUUUUUUUGGUGAGGGGGUUAUAAAAAUAGUGUGUGCACAUUGCUAAAAGUAUGCAGACAGUCCGUGAGGUUCAUGAAGGACAACAGUGAGAAAGACCUAGUGUUGUGAGUCUAAGCAGAGCAUCUGAAAGGUGCUGUCUCCCCAGUGGGACCUGAGGGCUAUGUGGUGUCUCAGGACACCGGGGUUCAAGUUCUGGCACCACAUGGAUGACGCAGGAGGUGAGGGGAGAGCUCCAUGGGUGGUGGAGUGGUGCGGUGUCCUACACACACACACACACACACACACACACACACAGGCUGGAGAGAGCUCACUGCCACGCCUGUUCUCUCUUUCUGUAUGUGUCUCUCAAUUGUGGUGAAAACUGUGACCCAGGGUGGGGACAUCACACCAGCGGGGACUUCACUAUCAUAAAUAAAUAAAUGUAAACCAG